AUGUUGCGCACGCUCGCUUCGAUUGUGCUCGGUGGCGCCAUGUGGAGCGGUGCCGCGGACGCCACGACCGCCACCGCGCACAAGAUCACGUCGCUUCCUGGCUACAACGACGCCAAGCCCAUCAACUUUGACCAGUAUGCCGGCCACAUUGCGCUGCCGAGCAAUGGCCAAAAGAUGUUUUACUGGCUCGUCGAGUCGGAAUCGAGUCCGUCGACCGACCCGUUGGUGCUGUGGCUCAACGGUGGUCCUGGCUGCUCGUCGCUCGGUGGGUUCUUCACCGAGCUGGGA